AUGUCAUGGUUGGACGCCUUGGUCUCCCUCCACCACCGGCUGCUGCCGGACCUCCGCCGCACGCCCGGCCUCAUCCGGGACGUCUCGGCCGCCGACGGGUGGCGCUGCGGUGUGCGGCUGCUGGAGGCCUUGCAGCGUCAGCGGCAGAGGAGGGAUGUGGUGAUGGUGAACAGCGCGGCGGGCGCGUGUGGGAAGGCGGGCGCCUGGAGCGCGGCGCUACAGCAGAUGCAGCAGGCGCAAGAGGCUGCACUCCAAGGCGACCUGGUAAGCUGCAAUGUCCUCAUCAGCGCGCAUGGCUCGCGGGUGGAGAAGCUCUCCUCAGCCUGGCGCGCGGCCACCCAACAGCUUUGGGCCGUGAAGGCCGCCGACGUGUGGUCCUACAACGCGGCGGCCAGCGCGUCGAGCAAGGCACAGCAGUGGCAGAGGGCUUGGAGGCUCCUGGGUUUUGGUCGGAGCUCUGCCCUUCAGCCGGAUGUCAUCAGCUACAGCUCCUCGCUGAGCUCGGCGACGCCCUGGCGCCUGGCCUUGGACCUGCUCCCACCGCUGCGGCGCGCCGCGGUGCGCGGAGACGGUGCAUGGCAGAACCAGGUGAUGGUCGCCGUGGGCGAGUCCGGCGCGUGGCGCUCGGCCGUGCAGCUGUGGGAGGCCUCCGGUGCUGGGAACCUUCAAACCUUCACCUCGCUCCUGGCAGCUUUGCCGCCCUCCACCUGGCCAGCGGCCCUCGCCGCGCACAGCGCCGCGCACGGCAGCUGGGCCCUCGCCGGUGGCGGAGGGGAAAGGGCCGUGAGCUCCAAUGCGGCGGUCGGCGUGUGCACGCGGGCCGGCCAGUGGCUGGCGGCGCUCACAGCUGCUGCUGCGCUCCAGGCCGGUGCGCUUGCAACGCAGAUGGUUCUUGGUGCCUGUGGCACCCGUUGGCGCUGGGCGCUCUCCUACUCCGCACGCCACGACACACCUCGCGCGUUCCCAGCGGGUGCAUGUGGGCGUGCGGGGUGCUGGGAGGUGGCUGAGGCCUUGCUUCGAGGAGACGCCUGGAACGUGGCGUUGGCCGCCUGGGCUCAGCAUGGCUUAUGGCGUCGCAGCCUGUGGCGCUGGCAGGACACCGAUGCGGUGGGGCGCCGCACCGUGCUGCUGGCCGCAGAGAAGAGCCAGGAGUGGUCCUGGGUGCUCCACCUGCUGCAUCUGCUGGGUCUGGAGGCCAACCUCGUGGCCCGCAACACGGCGCUGAGCGCCGUCGCGGCGCCGUCGGCCGCGCGCGGACGCUGGCGCCAGGCGGUGGAGGCCUUUGCAGCGUGUGGGGCCGAGGCAGACAGCAUCAGCUUCAAUGCAUUGCUGCGAGCCUUUGAGAGUGGCAUGGGGGCCCUUGCCUGGCAUCAAGGGCUCCAACUGCUGAGAGCCUUCCAGGCCUCGCACUUGGAGCCACGGGUGAUCACCUUCAGUGCCAUGGUGGCGGGCUGCCAGCAGGCGAUGCAGUGGCGCUGGGCCCUCCGUUUGGAGGAGGAACUCAUAGGCUCAGCGCUGCAGCCCAGUGUGGUCACUGCCGAGAGAGCGUUGGCUGCAGUGGAGGCUGAUGUGGGCAUUCGCUGCAGAUGGCUUCAUUCAACCAUCAUGGAAGUGGACAUGAGCUGGCGGGCGGUCGAUGUCACUGCUGCAGCGUUUGCAGUGCCUGGAGGGGCAGAAUCUGCGGAAUUUGGAGGCACAGCGGUGCCGGUGCGAGCUGAGGGGAUGAUCGAGUGGACGGGUGCCCCCUUUGCACUCCCACAGAAGGGCCGGGACACUCAUGCUGUGCGACUGAAACUCGUGCCAUGGGUUGAGAUGUCGAAGAGCAGCUGGCAGAGGGCUCUGGCGGAGCUGGAGGCGUCGGAGGCCACGUUGCGGACUUGCAACCAAGCGAUCGCAAGCUCUGCCUGGCAUGGAGCCUUGUUGCUCCUGAACCACAUGCUGGAACGACGGGUGGGCAACGUGGUGAGCUGCAACAGCGGCAUGGGCGCUUGUGUGAAGUCUUCAUACUGGCGACAAGCUUUGCUGCUUCUGAGGCGCUUCCGCGGCGGCACGCGACGCCUGCAGCGUGACGGCGUCACCCAGAAGCAAGCUGCCCAGGCGCUGAAGCGUGGUGCGGAGGCCUCGGGCCAAGAGCACUGGCCGGAGGCCUUGGGGCAGCUGUCAGAGGUGGCGACGCGCGGCCUCGAGAUGGACGUGAAGUCCUUCGGUCUGGCGUUGUCCUUAUGGCAGUCCGCAGGGCGCUGGCCGGAUGCUCAAAAUAUGCUCCGACAGAUGACAAGUGCAAAGGUGCAGGUGGACUGCCGUGCCUACUCAGCUGCCAUGGGAGGCGCCCCAUGGACCAAGUCCGCUGCACUUCUGCAGGACUUGCAGUGGCAAUUGGAGGCAGAUGAGUUCGUGUACAACACCGUGAUGUCUUCCUCUCCCUGGAAGAAGGCCAGACGGAUCCUGCAACUGCAGCAGCUGAGACUUCAGGCCAGCAUCAUUUCCUACAACGCUGGACUGGUUACCUCGCCCUGGCCGGAAGCCCUGGAAGCUUUGCAGCGGGCCAAGACUGAGGAGCUCCCCAUGACCAAAACCUCGUUCGGCGCGCUCCUCGCGCAGAGCCGCCACCAUGGCUACUGGCCCCGCGCUCUGUGGCUGCUGUCCUCCGCGCAGCGCCAGAGGGUCGCGCUGGAGGGCGGUGUGGCCGAAUGCAACGUGGCGGCCGCGCAGCUGGACGCGGGUGGGUGGAAGGAGGUCCUCCACUUCCUGUCGGCUUCGGCGUCGUUGGACCACCAGAGGAGGGGGCCCGGUGUGGGGUUGAAGACCAUGGCCAUGAAGGCCUUCUCGGAAGGACAUGCGUGGCCUCGAAGCUUGGAGGUCUUUGAUGAAACGAACGACCGGGAUGUGGUGAUGCUCAAUGCACUGGUCACGUGUUAUGCCCAGGUGGCUCUUUGGGAGAAGGCGCUGCAGGUGCUGGGAAGUGUGCUCUGCUGGUCGCUGCGCGCCACGGUGGUCACCUUCAACGCCGCGGUGUCGGCCUGCGCGGCGGCGCGCGAAUGGCAGAAGGCUUUGGGGCUUUGGAGCCCGAUGCUUCAGCAAGACGUCCGCCCUGACGAUGUGACCCUGAACAGCUUCCUCUUGGCCGCGCAGGGGGUUGACGCGGACGAGUGGAGCUUGGUGCUUCAACUCUUGAGCGCUUUCUCUUUGGCCACCUGUCAGUUGAAUGUGAUCUCCUACAGCACCGCCAUCACCGCCUGCCCAGCCGCCCGCUGGCCACUGGCCCUUUCGCUGGUGCACCAGGCCGCCACGCGGGGCGUGGGCGGCGGCGGCGUGGCCGGCACGGCCGUGACGACGCUGGGCCGGGCGGCGGUGUGGCGGCGAGCCGUGCAGCUGGCAGAGGGCGAGAGCUGUGAUGCGGUGAUGUUGGCAUGUGCCAGGGCGGUGGAAACCGCUGGGAGCAAAAGAGGUCGUGAUGGUCCUUUCUCUUUUCUUGUUUUGUGA